UACUAUAAAAUGCAGAAACUAGGGAAUAUCAAAGCUUUGCUUUGUUUAGACGAGCACCUAGAAAAAUAGCCUGAGAUUGGAAGUGAAAAAACCGUAGUUUCCAUGGGGGAGGUAAGGGAAAGUCGUAAGGAGAAGAGAUUCAAAAAAUUGAGGGAUGCGCCAAAAAGUCCAAUACCCAGCUCGCAACCGAAGAUCCAAAAGGUUCCCUUCAUGCUCCGGGAUCACAAAAAUUUCGACAAAUACUAUGUGCCAAGGGCAGUAGCAAUUGGCCCUUUCCAUCAUGGUAAUCCAAGGUGCAAGCUGGCACAAAAAUACAAGCUUAUGUUGACAUUAAAGUUUGCCGACUUUGUUGGCCAGAAAGAUGAAGAUUUGUAUAAGAAGAUUGAGGAGAAGAUCAAAGAACUAAGGGAAUGCUACGUCAAGGAAGCAACAGAGCACAUUGAUGAUGGUACCCUCGCCUGGAUGUUGUUCUUAGAUGGGUGUUCAACCUUACAAUUCAUAUACUCCCUCAUGAACGAGCAUGAAGAGUUUGAGAUCAAAAGAGACCAGGUAGCCUUUGCACAGCAAGACUUAUUCUUGCUGGAGAAUCAAAUCCCAUAUCAAGUCCUCGAGCUGUUGAUGAGCUCAAGCGACAAACGUGAGGUUUUGAAGCACGCAAUCGAGAGUUUUGUUCAGAUGCACAUUAUUGUACCCGUAGAGAAGCAAUCAAAAGGGCAGGAACAGAAGCACCAACCAGGAAUAACAGAAAACAGGGAACAGAAGCAAGAACCAGACACAACAUCAAGCACGGAACAUAAGGUAGACAUAACAGAAAACACAGAAACAAAGCAACAAGAUGGCUUAACAACAGACACUGACCAGAAGCAACAACCAGGCGUAACAACAGACGCGAAUCAUAAGCAACAACCAGGCGUAACAACGGACGCGAAUCAGAAGCAACAACCAGAAGAGCCCACUCAUCUUCUUGACCUUCUGCGCAAAAGAAUUCUAGGUCCACCAAAAAAGGAUGUUUCAAAGAAAAAAGUUGGAGAGUCCCCUAAACAAACUUUUCGCAAUGUGCAGGAGCUUAGUGCAGCCGGGAUACAUUUUCAGCCCAGUAAGACUAACUUCUUGGGGGACAUAUCUUUUAAGUCUCAUUGCUUUGCAGGAUUCCUUAGUCUUCCUCCAAUAUCAGUAGACGACUCAACAGGGCCUAAGUUCAUGAAUUUGAUAGCCUAUGAAAUGUGUCCUGAUUUCCAAAAUGAUUACGGGGUUGCCUCUUACAUAGGUUUCCUCGAUGCACUCAUUGAUCAUGCUGACGAUGUUAAGAAGCUAAGGUCAGCUUCUGUACUGUUCAACUUUCUGGGGAGUGAUAAGGAGGUGGCUCAACUCUUCAAUGAGAUAGGCACUGACUUGGUGCCUAACACUGCCAUAUACCUCAGAGUUAAAGCCGAAUUAGAAAAGCACUACAAAACCAAGUGGAAGACCUGGAUGUCUCAGUUCUGUCACGAUCAUUUCAGUAGCCCCUGGACUAUCCUGGCUUUCCUUGGGGUCUUAUCAGCACUUGGGUUAAGCGGCAUCCAGACUUGGUACACAGUCCCUUCUCAACCCUCUCCCUGUGAGGCUGUAUGCCAGUACUUGAAAACAUGGCUACACAUAACCUGAGAGAUACAUACAGUUACUAAAAUACAUGCUUCAGAUGUUUUUACAUGCAUUUCUUCUUUCUGGUUUGUUUGGCUACAUGGUUUUAUACCUUCGAGUUGCCGGUGCCCGUACCGGUACCUAAAUAGUCCUCUAGUCAUAGUUUUGUGAGGGUCCUCUCCAUCUGGUAAUUCCAACCUUUCAGUUCUCAUUUAAAUUUCUGUGUGUGCAAGUGUGACUAUAAUAAGCCAAGUUGUCUUAAUUGGUUGAGGUGUUUAUCAGAAUGUAAUUUAAUUUUGUGUAGCCAAUGUGUUUGUAAGUUUU